AAUGUCGCAUAUUACGGAAAUGGAAAAAGUGUAAAAGUUACUGUUUUCCUCGAGUGUCUAUCGUUUUUCCCAGUAAUCUGGCGGUGGUAAAUUUUUUAAAUCAAAUAGAAUUUUGGCUUAGGCUUCCGACUGCCGAGGCAUGGCUGACCAAAGUGCACAAUCUUCCGGAGCAGAAGAUGCAGCCAGUGGUAAGCAAAACCAACAGCCACCGCAAAAGCGAAAGUAUAAAGUGCUCAUCAUCGGUGCUGGGAUGGCCGGACUGUCAUCGGCGAACCAUUUAGUCAAGAAUGGCUGCAAGGAUUUCGCUAUCCUAGAAGCGAGAAACCGGGUAGGCGGACGGAUUAUCGGCAUCGAACUUGGAUCACAGAAGAUUGAACUUGGUGCCAAUUGGAUCCACGGUGUACUAGGGAACCCUAUGUUCGAACUGGCUAUGCAACAUGGCCUUAUCAGUAUCAUUAACAUACCAAAACCGCACAAAGUGGUUGCUGCAACCGAAGACGGCAAACAGGUGCCUUUCCAGGUUUUGCAGGAAAUAUACGAAGCUUACGUGUGCUUUCUGCGGCGUUGCGAGGAAUAUUUUCUAUGCCAGUAUAUGCCUCCUCCGGACGUUCAUAGUGUCGGAGAGCACAUUAAUCUAGAGGCGGCACUGUACUUGAACAAUAUUGACGAUCAUAAGGAAAAGCAUCUUCGAAGAUUGAUAUUUGAAUGUUUGCUUAAACGAGAAACUUGUAUAACUGGAUGCCACAGUAUGGACGAGAUUGACCUGCUAGAACUAGGCAGCUAUACCGAACUGCAAGGUGGUAACAUUGUUCUACCAUCCGGAUAUAGUUCCAUUUUAAAGCCUCUAUGUGAUACUCUUCCGAAGGAGAACAUUAUACUUUCGUGCCCAAUACAAACAAUCCAUUGGAAGCGAAAAGGUCGGGCCCCAUCAGGCAAUAACAACUCAGAUGCAAUCCUUGAGGAGGAUGAAGAUGAUAUUGAUUCGGAUGACUCUGACAAAACGGUAACGGAAGUACCUAUCGAUGGUGCCACCGAUUGUAGUGAUACCAGCACAGCCGCUAGCUUGAAGCACUGUACGUCAAACGUUCAGGUCGUGUGCGAAAAUGGCACUAUCUACGAAGCAGACCAUGUAAUUUGCACAAUUCCGCUGGGUGUACUCAAAGAACAUGGUCAAACCAUGUUCUCACCCAGUCUACCCCAAUACAAGCUAGAAUCAAUCGAUGCAUUACUGUAUGGGACAGUGGAUAAAAUUUUCCUAGAAUAUGACCGACCUUUUCUUAGUGCAAAAAUCAGUGAAAUUAUGUUUCUUUGGGAGCACGCCGACCCGGAACCGGAUGCUGAUCAGGAGGAAUUUCUCAAGGCUAAUUGGUUUAAAAAAAUAUACUCUUUUUCGAAAGUUUCUGACACCUUGCUGCUCGGUUGGAUUUCCGGCCGAGAGGCGGCCUACAUGGAGAGCAUUUCGCACGAAAUCGUUGCGGAAAAAUGUACGGAAAUCCUGCGACGGUUCCUAAGAGAUCCGUUCAUUCCAAAACCAAAGCGAUGCGUUUGUACCAGCUGGCAAAAACAGCCGUACAGCCGCGGUUCCUAUACGGCCAUUGCGGUUGGCGCAUCUCAGGAUGACAUCGAAAACAUCGCCCAGCCGCUGUACUCUAGUCCUCAUCAAGCGAAGCCAUCGGUGCUAUUUGCUGGCGAGCACACGCACUCGAACUUCUACUCAACGGUGCAUGGAGCCUACCUGAGUGGGCGUACAGCGGCACAGAUACUGCUGACGCCGGAUUCUCCGCAGGAGAUUGUGAUGGAGUCGGACAGUAGCGACCUCAGCUCCUGGAUACAGGGAAUCGCACUGGAAUAGUAAGAAUACCGCUUAGCUUGGCCGUUUAAUUUAUGAUAAUUUUAGCAUUUGUUUCGUGUCUCCGUGUUAUUUUCCCUAUCGCGUUCCUAUAGGUUUUCUUUAGGAUUUUGAUAGUUUUUUUUUGUUUUGUUACGUCAACAUCACAAUCGGUGUUCUACUUCACUAGUUCAGGUGUGUUUAUUUGAGCUGCACACAUACUAAUAUUAUUAUGUUCCCUUUUUUUAUUAAAAGGUAGUGACAAGGAAAGCUAGACUGAAAAAUUAGGUUUAAUAAACCAUGGUGGUGCUUGUUGUGCCCGAUGAGUUCGAAAAUGUUUUAGUUGCCAGAGCUUGAAACGUUUUAUUCGACAAAGCUGAGCUUUGUUCUUGAAAAAUAACACAUGCUGAAAUUCGGUGAAUGACAGCCGGCCCAUAGACCUAAUUUUAACCUAAAAUUACUAAACUGCGAAAUGUUGCUGCCAGAUGUAAUAACAACAUAUAGCAGAAAUUUGUUAAUUAUAUUGUCAAGAUAAAUACCAUAAGUAGGAUGGGUAAGAAAAAUAUUUUUAGCUGUAUUGAUAGCUACUGAUUAUUAGCGCUUUUUAGUUAAUUCUUACGAGCUGCCUCAAACUCUAACCAAACCUAAACAAAUAAUCUGAAACCUUUGGAUUUCUAUAAAGAAAAAUUUACAGUUAGAUUGUCCUACGCAUUUUAAUUUGAGAAAAGCACAACUUUCCGGUAUGUAAAUGAAUAGAAUAACCAUUCCAAAAAUAAACAGUAAUGAUAAAAACACUGCGCAAAUUGCAACUUAAUAUUAAGUGGAAAAACCCAUCUCUCCAAAUGCUGGAACAAGGUUCUUUUUUAUAAUUUCAUGUUCAAAAACCCAAAUAACGUUUUAAACACACCUCUUUGAACUCCAGAUGACGUAGCUCCAGAAAAUUACGAUUUAUGGGCCGGCAAUAAUCUUAAUUUAUUUAUUGUUUUUCUUUCUUUUUUGUGAAACGCACACUACUUAACUACCUUCAGCAUUCAAUCAUAAUCUUUGUUAAGCAACUGCAGUAGAACAAACAACAGCAGUUUACUGGUUCAGUUAAUCUGCACGCACCGCUUUUCCCGUUUGCUUUCUACUACCAAUUAGAACUCCACCGUAUUUAAUCGUUGCGUUUAGAUUGCCUACCCAUUCCUCAAUAUCCCAAAAUCAGCAUUAUUAUAUUAUAUUCAAAGUUAUGUAAGUUUGAUCUAGUCCAGUUUCUUCUUGUGUAAUACACCAAACGAUACAGUUUAUCUUUCAGUUAACUAGUUUUACAGCUUCGUUCAUUAUAAAGAAUGAUAUGUAUGUACAUUGGAACGGUUCACGUCUUACGAAAAGUUGAAUUACGUCAGUUUGCACAAAACAGAGAAUUUAGCACCAAAUUUCGGCUAUUCGCGGUUACACAAAUUUGUUACACAGUCACAAAAAACGUUAGAACUAACAUUGAAGUCAAAUAAAGGGUAACACUGGCUAAAUAACAACAAUAUCGAUCGUAUGGGCUCAUUUUGUGCCUCAGUCAGUUCUACAGCGCUGGAACCUUGUGAAAUUCGAACGUCGAAGGGAUCGUGGUACUGUAUUUCUAUUUUUUUCUGGUGAGAAUCCACGGUGCGUUAAGUUACCCCAAAAAAAGUGUGCCGACGAAGGUUCGGUCUUGAAUGGUGUCCCUUCUCAGAAGUCUGCAUUUUGCUUCGUGGUGCGGUAGCUCAUUUGGUUCUUGCCUAGGAAGGAGUCUCAAGGCGUAUCUAACGUAUCUCGAUUGUAUGCUCUGGAUUCUGUAGAUCUAAAGGUUUCGUCGAGCUUUAGCAGUGAUAUGACUAUAAUGUUCCCGGAACCUUAGUUCCGAAUCUAUAAUAACCCCAAGGUCAGAACAUUUGAUCUCUCCAUUUGUUCGCUUCCUGUUACAUGAAAUUACUUUGGCAGUUGGCACCAAUCGCAAAACUUGUCGAUGACUUUUUAUAGCUCCAGAUAGUCUGUGGGAGCACCGAUAGUCCGGAAUAUGUUGAGGUCUUCAGCAUAUAAAAGUUUGAAACCUUUCGGUAGACGGUCAUUAAAGAAUACAAUAAAGAAUAAUGUUCCUAAGUUACUACCUUGUGGAAUCCCACACCAGAGAGAUAAUGAAAUUCAUCUAACUCCGGUGAUCCCAAUUGGACGCGCAAUCAAUGUUGAAUUGAAUCAGCAAACAAGAUUUGAUCCUAAAAUUAAAAAAUUUAAAACCUAACAUUAAAAAAGAAGAAAACUUAUCCAAUUGAAGUCUGCUAUGUAUAUUUUAUUCACGACAAAUACGUAUUUCGCCUACGACUUGCAGGUUUCCUCAGUGUCUGUUUUCGAAGAUUUGAUGACACACUCGGACGAUCGAGUUUGGCAAGCAGAAUAUGGUGGUUGACUCUUUCAAAGGCUGCAUGGAGGUCGAAGUACAUAUAUAUCGCAUCCCCAAGUCCCUUAAAGAACUAGACUAGAUUGGUAACGGUAGAUCCACGAGGGAAAAAUCCGUGUUGCUCUGGGGAAAUAUGAUUUCGCAGCUCCAAAAAGUUCUCUGUUUACGAGUAUUUCAAAAAGUUUAGAUCCGGCACAUAGAGAGCUCAUUCCACGGUUGUUAGCUAUAUUGCAUUUAUCUCCCUUUUUCAGCUGAUGUCUUCCAGUAUGCCGGGAAAGCUGCUGGUGCUAGAGACAGAUUGAAAAUUGAUCUUAACGGCACGUAGUAGCGCGUUUUAUCAAAUACUUCAUUUAUCUAAAGUCAGCAAUGACAUCUGCAUCAUCAAGCACACAGUUUUUCAUUGGCAUCGUCUUCGAUUUGUUGACUAGGCAUCACAUCGUCAAACACUCUGCUAAACCGUUGGGCAAAAAGGUUACAAUUUCCUUGAGAUUUGUAAAAGAAGCUUGCGUUUUUGAACUUUAGUUUGGUGAAUAGGUAAAGGUUAUUGGAGUAUUGCCUUAAGUCUCUGACAGGGGUUUGCUUCAAAUGUCGAAAACGACUAUUGGACCAAGGUUGGUCGACUGAAGUUUUUGAAGCGUCUUAGUAGACUACGA